AUGGAAGGAGACUCAAGCAGAGGCAGCAAGGCAAAACAAGAGGGAAAGAAAGAAGUCAAGUACAGAGGAGUGAGGAGAAGGCCAUGGGGGAAGUUCGCAGCAGAAAUACGAGAUUCAACGAGGUAUGGAGAAGCAGCUCGGUUGUGGCUCGGGACUUUCAACACUGCAGCAAGGGCUUAUGACAGUGCCGCUUUUUCAAUGAGAGGUGCUCUUGCAAUCCUUAACUUCCCAAGGGAGCAUAGUUUGCCAGAUAGUUCUGCCGCUUCUGCUGUUUCCUCACCAUCUUCUUCUUCGUCCUCCCCAACAUCAUUUUCAGCAUCAUCUUCAACAUUGCAGAAUGUGAGAGCAACUACGAGGACAGAACCCCGAAGAGAAGUCUUCGAGAUUGAGUGUUUAGAUGACAAGGUUUUAGAGGAUCUUCUUGAUUUUGACGACAAAAAUUAG